AGGAACUGCAGCUCUGGACUGUUGAAGGGACACCGGUGUUUCUGGUUCAUCCAUCUUCAUCUCGGUCACCCUCCUCCUCCUCCUCGGUUCAGCUAACAACAAACACUGUCUGAUUGGCUUUAUUGAAGGUUAAAGGCUGUUUCUCGUUCGUCUGAAUGGCGUCUAACGAUUAUUCCCAAACACCUGGCCAGGGCUAUGGGUCCUAUGGUGGAGGAGGUGGAGGUGGUGGUGCUAACCAGGGCUAUGGUCAGUCUUCUGGCCAGAGCUACAGCCAGCAGAGCUACGGAGGCUACAACCAGAGCUCUGAGAGCAGCCCCAGCUCCUACGGCCAGGGAGGAGGAUAUGGUAGCUAUGGUGGUCAAUCCCAGUCAGGAUACGGUUCUCCACCAUCUAACCAGGGUGGUGGUGGUGGUGGUGGUGGCAGUGGUGGUGGUUAUAAUCAGUCCUAUAGCCCCGGAGGUUACAACAACAGCAACCAGCCCUCCAACAUGAGCUACAACCAGCAGUCAUCCUUCUCUGGGUACAACCAGCAGCAGCCUCCUCCUUCAUCCUCCGCAGGCUACGAAGGUAACUCGCAGGCUUCUGGCUACAACCAGCCACCGAGCGGUGGACAGAGUGGAGGCGGUUACGGCAGCAGUGGAGGUCCGACUGGUGGCUAUGGGGCCAGCGGGGGCCACCAACAGCCAUCCCAACACGGGGGAGGUCAUUAUAACCAGCCUCCGAGUUACAGCUCCCCCCCUCCACAGAGCUACAGCCAGCAGAGCCAGUAUGGUCAAGGUGGAGAAUAUGGAGACGAAAGCCCACCGUUGAGCGGAGGAGGAGGAGGAGGAGGAGGAGGAGGAGGAAGUUACGGCGACCCCGAUGGAGGUUACGGAGGUCAGGAUGGCCGCGGUGGCAGGGGCCGUGGGGGCGGAUUUGGGGGUCGCGGUGGUGGUGGAUAUGAUCGUGGUUUUGACCGAGGUGGCCGAGGCGGACCAAGAGGAAGAGGAGGCAUGGGAAUGGGCGAUCGUGGAGGAUUCAAUAAGUUUGGUGGACCAAGAGACCCGGGCCAUGGACAUGGAGGACCCGGCUUCAUGCCAGACCAGGAUAACUCUGAUAAUAACACCAUCUUCGUACAAGGCCUGGGAGACGACUACACUGUUGAAUCAGUGGCAGACUUUUUUAAGCAGAUUGGGAUCAUUAAGAUCAACAAGAAGACAGGCCUGCCGAUGAUCAACCUGUACACAGACAGAGAGACAGGGAAGCUGAAGGGGGAGGCCACAGUGUCCUUCGACGACCCCCCCUCGGCUAAGGCUGCCAUCGACUGGUUUGAUGGUAAAGACUUCAAUGGAAAUCCUAUCAAGGUGUCUUUUGCCACCCGCAGAGCUGACUUUGGAGGCCGAGGCGGUAUGAGGGGAGGCAGAGGACGAGGAGGGCCGAUGGGUCGUGGUGGAUUUGGAGGUGGUCGAGGUGGAGGUUUCCAAGGAGGCAAUGGAGGCAAUGGAGGCAAUGGGGGCGGUGGAGCAGGAGGAGGAGGAGGGGGAGGAGGAGGUGGUGGAGGAGGUGCUGGAGGAGGAGGAGGAGGAGGAGGACAACAGAGAGCCGGAGACUGGAAGUGUUCAAACCCCAAUUGUGGCAACCUGAACUUCUCGUGGCGUAAUGAGUGUAACCAGUGCAAGGCCCCGAAACCAGAGGACGCCGGAGGGAUGUCCCCGAUGGAGAGAGGAGGUUUCGGAGGAGGAGAGCGCAGAGGGGGGUUUGAGCGGGGCGGCUUCAGGGGCCGAGGUGGCGACCGCGGGGGGCUUCAGAGGGGGGCAGAGGAGGCGACCGCGGAGGCGACCGCGGGAGGAUAUGGCCCCGGAAAGAUGGACGCAAGGGGUGACCACAGACAGGAGCGGCGGGGCCAGUCCCUACUAAACUUUGCAGUACAGAGACCAGUGCGUCCACACUGAGCCCAGCCACAUCUUCACCUUUUAUAUGACCCUGUUAACUUCAUUCUUUUCAUUCAGUGUGUAGAGAAAUGUGACGAUCCCUGUUCUCUGUGUUAUACUCCCUUCUUCUGCUCAGUGGGGCCUCAUUUAGAAUUAACAAUCUUAAGAUCACAUUACAUCUUAAAAGUGGCAUUAGACAAGUUGUUUUGUUUAACUUCUCAUUAUGUAGUCAUUUUGAUUG